GUUUCGGCGUCUCGCUGACACAAAAACAAUAGAAUUCGUGCCCCCUAUAGUUUAAUUCAAUUAAAACGACAGUUUUUUGUUUAUUGAGGGAAUUUAGGCGUUUGCCAAAUAAAUAAAGUGGUGUCAAAAGUGCACUUAUUCACACACAGAUGAUUGUUUGUGUGUGUGUGUGUGUGCGUGUGAGAGAGUUAAGCACAAAAAUGCAAAAGAGGCAGUAAAUUGCAACAUAUUUAUGUACAUCUGUUCAUAUGUAUUUAUGUGUGUAUUUAUCUCAAUAUACCGUUUUCGGUGCGUAAAAAGUGAAAUUGUGUGUGAAGAGUGAAAGAGAAACCGAACGAACUGUCAAGUGGUAGGCAAGCAGAAAGAAGAAGAGGAAGAGGUGCAACAACAGCAGCAGCAUAAGAAAAGCGAAAGCAGAAGAGCUGUUGUAAAUAGUGCGGGUGUGCUUGUGCGUGUGCGUUGGUGUAACGGCACUUUCAAUACAUUUAUUACAAAGGGGGGAAGCACGAAAAAGCAAUAACAGUUACAACAACACGUAAGCUAUUUACAAUGAGCAACAACUAUAACAACAGUCACACCAACAACAACUCCCAUAGAUAUGCAAACAACAACAUGCAAGCAUGGAAAUAUGAAAGGCAUCACAGCAAUAGCAACAACAACAAUAGGCCUAGCAUGGACGAUUCAAUUUUGCACACACAUGCUAAUUCCGCACGUACAUCGCCGCUCUCCUCGCCCCUCUCCGGACCGCAGUUGAUCAAAAGCAACAGUUACAGCGGCACCGUGGCAGAUUCUGUCCUGGAAAGCACAUACAAGAGCGGCAGCAAAAGCCAUUGCGGUGUUAUUGGCAGCACAAUUGUCAUGGAUCAGGAAACAAAUUUCAAUGCCAUCGAGGCCAACAAAAUCAACGCCGCAGCCGCCGCCGGCAGUGCCAGUGCAGUGAACGUUAAUGAAGAUAGUAAUGAGUACGACACCUUUCUCAUAAAUACGACCACCAUCACCACCACCACCAACGGCAGUGCCAGCGGUGCAGUCGGCAGCACGCGACGCAGCACCCGCUCGUACUCGCCGAGCAGCAAGCUGCGGAACUCCUGCUGGAUGCGCACGCACGCUUUCAUCACCCGCAAUUGGUAUCUCAGCUACCUGCUGCCCAUCUCCAUACUGGCUGCCCUGCUCGUCGUCGCGUAUCUGACACGCGACUAUGCCAAGCAGCUGCUAUUCUGGAUUGAGAUGCAGAGCGCGUGGCUCAUCUUCAUCAUAUUCAUGGCGCUCUUCAUACUCGUCAGCUUCCCGAUUGUCGUCGGCUAUUUUGUUCUGCUGAUAACUGCCGGAUAUUUGUUUGGUUGCUGGAAGGGUUGGUUCACUGUGAUAUUGGGCGCCAAUAUUGGCAUCGCUGUGGCGCAUUUAGUGAUAAGAAGCUGUCGACAUCGAAUACCCGUACAAAAAUUAAUUAAAAACGAGACUGGACGUGCCAUACUGCGCGUGAUAUCUGGACCAAAGGCAUUUAGAGUCGUGCUCUUUACCCGCUUGACGCCCAUACCGUUUGGCUUGCAAAAUGUGAUAUUUGGAAUCAGUUCAAUUAAUGCACGUGAUUAUCACGUGGCGACAUUUCUCGGCCUGUUGCCUGCCCAGACGAUAAACGUAUAUCUGGGGUCGACGCUGCGUUCCAUGCAUGAGGUUCUCAAUGACCACGAUACCAAAUUGACGGGCUACAUAAGCUUCGUAUUUGAGGUUAUCUGCGGCGUUGGACUGAUGUUUUGGGUUGUUCAAAAGGCACGCAAAGAGCUCUCGGAAACACUGCUCACUGACUAUGGCAACGAUGGAAAGCACCUGGAUAUGCAAGUUUAGCGGGUUUUCGAAAUAGGAAGCGUAUCUGUCGAUGCCAUGAUAAUUAAGAUGCAAGACUGCGUUAUGCUCUCGAUAUGUUGUUUAAAUUAUCAAGUUUGUUUUUAUUUAAAAUUGAACGCAAAUGUUUCUUUACUUCAAUUGCAUUUUAAGGUUAGAGGCAAGUGUCUGUAGGUUGAUUAAUUAUAGUUCAGAUAUACAUAUAUAUAAAAUAAUUAGCAUUUAAAGAUUACUAAAUUAUUUACGUAGAUUCUUCGCCAGUUUCAAGAAGAUAGUAUUGUUGUAAUGAAUAUGCAAUUGCAAAUGUAUAAAAAAAAUGUCCUAAAACAUACCAAAAAUUCAAGAAUUGUAAACUAAUUUUAACUAAUUUAUUCGGAACUGUACAUAUACAUAUGUAGUUAUAUCGAGCAGUAAUCGUUUAGUUAAUUAUUAUUUAAAAACAGACUCUCUCAAAUGAAAUUGCUGUGCCUAAAAAUAUAUAUACAAAACCAUAUAUUUACAAUUAAAUCUUAAGUUUAAAAUAUGCUCAAAAUAUUUACAGAAGCACACAACGCAAUAUUUUGCUCACAAUUUCCUGCUCAGAUAUACAUGCGCGUGCUCUUUACCUCUCUAGAAGGUACAAAAUCCAUUGUCUUUACAUACAAGUACAUACUGAUAUAGAAACUAGCUUAUCCGUAAUAAAAAAAAAUAACUUUUUAAAAUUAA